AUGCAUUCUCUUAUUUCAAAUCAAGAUGAAAAACCUUGGGUUGUUCAAAAAUUUGGCGGCACUAGUGUAGGAAAAUUUUUAAAGAAUAUCGCAAAUAAUAUAGUAAAGACACAUCUAGAAAAUAAUCGAGUGGUUUUGGUAUGUUCUGCUCGAAGCUGUGAUACAAAAUCAAAAGGGACUACUAAUAUGCUUCUCAAAGCAGCUGAUGAAUCUUUAGAUCCGGACUCAAAGGAAUAUCUUAAAACAAUUGAUGAAAUUGCAAAUGAUCACAUCAAGGGUUCACGUUCUCUCGUCUGUAAUGCUAAAAUCCUAGAUGAUUUAGAACAAAAGAUUUUGAACGAAAUUUCAGAACUUAAAAACGUUUUGAGUGCAACUCAAGUUCUUGGAGAGAUUUCACCUCGUUCUAAGGAUAUCAUAAUUGGAUAUGGCGAAAAAUUAUCUUGUCGUGUUAUUACUGCAGUUUUAAAUGAUAAUGGCAUUGAUUCAGAAUAUGUAAAUUUGGAAAAUAUUAUUGAAAAAGGCAAAUUUGAUCGUUGUGACCUCGAUCAAAGUUUUUAUGAUUAUUUAACGCAAGUAAUAUCUGAAGAAGUUAAAAAGUGUGGAAAUCGUGUACCUGUGGUUACUGGUUAUUUUGGGACUGUUCCAGGAAGUCUUAUAGCUAACAUUGGUCGUGGUUAUACUGACUUAUGUGCUGCACUUCUUGCAGUUGGACUUGGUGCUCAAGAGCUUCAAAUUUGGAAAGAAGUUGAUGGAAUUUUUACUGCAGAUCCACGUAAAGUUUUAGAUGCUAGACUUCUUCCGAUUAUCACUCCCGAGGAAGCAUCAGAACUUACAUAUUAUGGUUCAGAGGUUAUACAUCCUUUUACAAUGGAACAAAUUAUGCGUCAUAAUAUCCCUAUUCGUAUAAAGAAUGUUAUGAAUCCCUUGAAAAAUGGAACAAUUAUAUUUCCAGAUAUUAUUGCCAACAAUGGUUGGUCAAAGGAUACUAAUAUUUUAGAACUUUUAGAUCAAAAUGGUUAUCACGCUGAUAUGUCAAGAAAGCAUCCUACAGCGGUUACCAUAAAAGAUAAAAUUAUUGUUUUAAACAUUCAUUCAAAUCGUAAAACAAUUAGUCAUGGUUUUUUUGCUAAAAUUUUUGCGGCAUUGGACACUUAUGGAAUUAUCGUUGAUCUCAUUUCAACAAGUGAAGUUCACGUUUCCAUGGCUAUUUGUGCAAAUAUUCUGGAAAAUGAUCUACAAAAUGCAAUAAGAGAUUUGAAAAAAUUAGGAAGGGUAAAUAUUAAAUCAUAUAUGGCAAUUCUAAGUUUAGUUGGAAUGCAAAUGAAAAAUAUGGUUGGUAUUGCUGGGAAAAUGUUCAGUGUACUUGCUGUUGCCAAUGUAAACAUUGAAAUGAUAUCCCAAGGUGCUUCUGAAAUUAACAUUUCUUGUGUAAUUAAUGAAGAAAAAGCAGAAAUUGCACUUAGAGCUGUACAUGCUCAUCUUCUAGUUCCUUAUUAUGUCAAUUGA